AUGGGUUCCAUUCCAACCCACAAGCGACCCAACUUUCUCGUCAUCGUCGCCGAUGACCUGGGCUACAGUGACCUUGGAUGCUUUGGCUCUGAGAUAGCGACUCCAAAUCUCGACCACCUCUCGCAGACUGGUGUGCGACUGACCAAUUUCCAUACGGCUUCAGCAUGCUCUCCAACUAGGAGCAUGCUGUUCUCUGGAACGGACAACCACAUUGCAGGCCUGGGCCAGAUGACCGAGCACAUGGCGAGGUUUAUGGAUAAGUACAAAAACAGGCCUGGCUAUGAGGGAUACCUCAACUUCCGCGUUGCUGCGCUUAGUGAGAUUCUCCAAGAUGCUGGUUAUCAUACAAUUAUGUCUGGAAAAUGGCACCUCGGAACGACGAACGAGACAUCCCCUCACGGGAGGGGGUUUGACAACAGUUAUGUCUUCUUAUCAGGCUGCUGUAAUCACUACAACUAUGAACCACAACUCGACGACCCAGCUCACGGGUUCUUCACACCCAUGAACGCCGGCAAGUUCUGGAUGCAAGACGACAGAUUCUUAGAUCGGAAAAACCCAAAAGAUAUCCCCGACGAAUUUUACUCGACAACUACCUUUUCCGAAAAAUUGAUUGAUUUCCUAAAAGAUCGCAAAGACACUGAACAGCCAUUCUUUGCGUAUCUACCUUUCACUGCACCUCAUUGGCCUCUGCAGGCGCCGCGCGAGACAAUCGAGAAAUAUAGGGGUAUCUACGACGAUGGACCAGCAGCCUUGCGCAAACGAAGGUUGGCGAAUCUCGUCAAACUGGGACUCAUCUCUGAAGACACAGAACCAGCACCCGUGACAGUCGAACUUUGGGAUAAGAUGUCACCCAUGGAGAAGGCUGAGUCGGCGAGGAAAAUGGAAGUCUAUGCCGCUAUGGUAGAUCUCAUAGACGUCAAUGUCGGCCGCGUGGUAGACUAUCUCGACUCUAUUGAUGAGUUAGACAACACCUUUGUCCUCUUCAUGUCAGACAACGGAGCCGAAGGGGCUAUGCUCGAAGCUGUUCCCAUGAUGGGCAGUGUUGGAAGUGUCCCAAAGAUCAUCAACAAAUACUACGAUAACUCGAUUGAUAACAUGGGAAUGGCAGACUCAUAUAUCUGGUAUGGUCCUGAAUGGGCAUGCGCGUCAAUGGCGCCCUCUAGAGGUUUCAAAACUUGGAUCACUGAAGGCGGUAUUAGAUGUCCAUGCCUUGUUCGAUAUCCUCCUUUCUCCAAGGCUGGCGGAUCGCACACCGACUCAUUCUGUACGGUCAUGGAUAUUCUACCGACAGUCCUUGACUUGGCGGGCAUCCCCUUACCAGGAAGCAAAUUCCGAGGCAGAGAAGUAUUCCCCGUGAGGGGAUCCUCAUGGGUGUUACAUCUUGAAGACCAAUCUCCAGCUUUUCAUGACGAGGAAAAGGAGAUCACUGGUUGGGAGCUGUUCGGUCUUCGAGCCAUCAGGGAGGGUCACUGGAAGGCUUUGUACAUGACCGCACCAAGGGGAAAAGACAAAUGGGAGCUGUACAACUUGAAGAACGAUCCAGGCGAGUUGCACGAUCUCGCUGACAGCAACCCAGAUAUUAUGGACCGCCUGAUUAAUUUAUGGGAGAUCUACUAUUCAGAAACAGGAAUGUUUGACCCAGGGCAUGAAUUCGGUGUCACCAAGAUCUAG